AUGAAGCUCAUCUAUUUCGGAUUCCUCCUUGCUACCACUACUGUAUACGCCUGCGGAGACAACGCCUAUAGAUGCAAGAAUCCCGACAAAUCAGUAGAUGAGAUGUGGCAAGUCACCCACAAGAUUUGUAACAAUCUUCAGGAGGACGAUUGUUACUGUUCUCACUGGGCCGAAUACUACUGCGACCCCUAUGGUGGCAACGUUGAAAAAUUCAAGCAGCAAUGUGAGGAUGAAGGCGAGAACUGGUACUGGAACGAAUGUUAA